AUGGUUGGCCAACAAUAUUCCAGUGCUCCUCUACGUACCAUUAAGGAAGUUCAAUUCGGUCUUUUCUCACCAGAAGAAAUUCGAGCCAUUAGUGUAGCAAAAAUUAGAUUUCCUGAAACAAUGGAUGAAACACAGACAAGAGCAAAAAUUGGUGGUUUGAACGAUCCAAGAUUAGGUUCAAUAGACCGUAAUUUGAAAUGUCAAACUUGUCAAGAGGGGAUGAAUGAAUGUCCUGGCCAUUUUGGCCACAUUGAUUUGGCCAAACCUGUUUUCCACAUUGGUUUUAUUUCAAAAAUUAAAAAAGUAUGUGAAUGUAUAUGUAUGCACUGUGGUAAACUGCUACUUGAUGAACAUAAUGAACAAAUGAGACAAAUUCUGAAAAUAAAAGAUUCCAAGAAGAGGUUUAAUGCUAUUUGGAGUUUAUGUAAGACAAAAAUGAUUUGUGAUACCGAUGUUCCAUCGGAACAUGAUCCAACUCAGUUAGUAUCAAGAGGUGGUUGUGGUAAUGCACAACCUACUGUACGUAAGGAUGGGUUGAAAUUAGUCGGUAGUUGGAAAAAAGAAAAAAAUACAAGUGAUGGCGAUGAACCAGAACAAAGAAUUUUAAGCACAGAAGAAAUUUUAAACAUUUUUAAACACAUUUCUCCAGAAGAUUCGAUUGCAAUGGGUUUUAAUGAAGAAUUUUCACGCCCCGAAUGGAUGUUCUUGACUGUUUUACCUGUUCCACCACCACCAGUACGUCCAUCUAUUUCAUUUAAUGAAUCUCAGAGAGGUGAAGAUGAUUUAACAUUUAAAUUAGCAGAUAUCUUAAAAGCAAAUAUUAGUUUAGAGACAUUAGAGCACAAUGGGGCCCCACAUCACGCAAUUGAAGAAGCUGAAAGUUUGCUACAAUUUCAUGUGGCAACUUAUAUGGAUAAUGAUAUUGCAGGCCAACCUCAAGCUUUACAGAAAUCAGGACGUCCUGUUAAAUCCAUUCGUGCUCGUUUAAAGGGUAAGGAAGGGCGUAUUAGAGGUAAUCUAAUGGGUAAGCGUGUAGACUUUUCCGCAAGAACUGUUAUUUCAGGUGACCCUAAUUUAGAACUGGAUCAAGUUGGUGUUCCAAAAUCAAUUGCCAAAACUCUUACGUACCCUGAAGUUGUCACUCCAUACAAUAUCGAUCGUCUAACGCAUUUAGUACGUAAUGGUCCAAAUGAACACCCUGGUGCAAAGUAUGUCAUUCGUGAUAAUGGUGAUCGUAUUGACUUAAGAUACAGUAAGAGAGCUGGUGAUAUACAGUUACAAUACGGCUGGAAAGUUGAACGUCAUAUAAUGGAUAAUGACCCUGUUCUUUUCAAUCGUCAACCUUCUUUACAUAAAAUGUCUAUGAUGGCACAUAGAGUUCGAGUAAUGCCUUUUUCAACUUUCAGAUUAAACCUUUCUGUUACUUCUCCAUAUAAUGCGGAUUUCGAUGGUGAUGAAAUGAACUUGCAUGUCCCACAAUCAGAGGAAACAAGAGCGGAACUUUCACAAUUAUGUGCUGUCCCAUUACAGAUUGUUUCUGCACAAUCUAAUAAGCCUUGUAUGGGUAUUGUCCAAGAUACAUUAUGUGGUAUUAGAAAACUUACUUUAAGAGAUAACUUUAUUGAAUUUGAUCAAGUAUUAAAUCUAUUAUACUGGGUUCCAGAUUGGGAUGGUGUCAUUCCAACACCUGCCAUCUUGAAACCUAAGCCACUUUGGUCUGGUAAGCAGAUCUUAUCGAUUGCAAUUCCAAAAGGUAUUCACUUACAACGUUUCGAUGAAGGCACUACCUUCCUUUCUCCAAAGGAUAAUGGUAUGUUAAUCAUUGAUGGCCAAAUUAUUUUUGGUGUUGUUGAUAAGAAAACUGUUGGGUCUUCUAGUGGUGGUUUAAUUCAUGUUGUUACAAGAGAAAAAGGUCCUCAAAUUUGUGCAAAACUAUUCAGUAAUAUUCAAAAAGUUACUAAUUAUUGGUUCUUACAUAAUGGGUUCUCCACAGGUAUUGGUGAUACAAUUGCUGAUGGUGAAACUAUGAGAGAGAUUACAGGAACUAUUGCAGAAGCUAAAAGAAAGGUCGAGGAAGUCACUAAAGAAGCACAAGCUAAUUUACUUACUGCUAAACAUGGUAUGACAUUGCGUGAGUCGUUUGAAGAUAACGUUGUUCGUUUCUUAAACGAAGCAAGAGAUAAAGCUGGGCGUCUUGCAGAAGUUAAUUUAAAUGAUACGAAUAAUGUUAAACAAAUGGUAAGUGCUGGGUCAAAAGGUUCUUUCAUUAAUAUCGCUCAAAUGUCUGCUUGUGUAGGACAACAAUCCGUUGAAGGUAAACGUAUUGCUUUUGGUUUUGUUGACCGUACAUUACCUCACUUCUCUAAAGAUGAUUAUUCUCCAGAAUCUAAAGGUUUUGUUGAAAAUUCUUAUUUGAGAGGUUUGACGCCUCAAGAGUUCUUCUUCCAUGCAAUGGGUGGUCGUGAAGGUUUAAUUGAUACUGCAGUCAAAACUGCAGAAACUGGUUAUAUUCAACGUCGUCUGGUUAAAGCUUUAGAAGAUAUUAUGGUACAUUAUGAUAGUACUACAAGAAACUCUUUGGGUAAUGUUAUCCAAUUUGUGUACGGUGAGGAUGGUAUCGAUGCUGGUCAUAUUGAAAAACAAUCCAUAGAUACAAUUGGUGGCUCUGAUGCUGCAUUCGAAAAGAGAUACAGAAUCGAUCUAUUAAAUACAGAAAACUCUUUGAAUCCUUCAUUAUUAGAGUCUGGAGCUGAAAUAAGCGGUAAUUUAAAAUUACAAAACUUAUUAGAUGUCGAAUAUAAACAGUUGGUAAAGGAUCGUACGUUCCUAAGAACUGUUUUUGUCGAUGGUGAACCUAACUGGCCUCUACCUGUGAAUAUCAAACGUAUCGUGCAAAAUGCUCAACAAACCUUCAAAGUUGAUCAUUCAAAGCCAUCCGAUUUAACUAUUCCAGAUAUUGUCCACGGUGUUCAAGAUCUCCAAGAGAAAUUAUUGGUCUUGAGAGAUAAGAGUGAAAUCAUGCAAAAAGCUCAAAGUGAUGCAACUACGUUAUUUUGCUGUUUAAUUCGUUCACGUUUGGCAACACGUAGAGUUUUGCAAGAAUUUAAAUUAAAUAAGCAAUCCUUCCAAUGGGUAUUGAAUAACGUGGAAGCGCAAUUUUUACGUUCAGUUGUUCACCCUGGUGAAAUGGUUGGUGUUUUGGCUGCCCAAUCCAUUGGUGAACCUGCCACUCAAAUGACUCUAAAUACUUUCCAUUUUGCUGGUGUGGCAUCUAAAAAAGUUACCUCUGGUGUUCCACGUUUAAAGGAAAUUUUAAAUGUUGCUAAGAACAUGAAGACACCAUCUUUAACUGCUUACUUGGAACCUGCAUAUGCUGCAGAUCAAGAGAAAGCUAAAUUAAUUAGAUCUGCCAUUGAGCACACGACACUAAAAAGUGUUACCGUGGCAUCAGAAAUUUAUUAUGAUCCAGAUCCACGUACAACAGUGAUUGCCGAAGAUGAAGAAAUUAUGCAGUUACACUUCUCUUUAAUGGAUGAAGAAACAGAAAAAUCAUUAGAUCAACAAUCUCCAUGGUUAUUACGUUUAGAAUUAGAUCGUGCUGCUAUGAAUGAUAAGGAUUUAACAAUGGGCCAAGUUGGUGAAAAGAUUAGAGAGACUUUCAGAAAUGAUUUGUUCGUUAUAUGGUCAGAAGAUAACGCCGAAAAGUUAAUUAUACGUUGCCGUGUUGUCCGUCCUAAGGCCCUUGAUGCGGAAACUGAAGCUGAAGAAGAUCAUAUGUUGAAGAAAAUAGAAAAUACCAUGUUAGAAAAUAUCACUUUACGUGGUGUUGAAAAUAUUGAACGUGUAGUUAUGAUGAAAUAUGAUAGAAAAAUCCCAGGCACAUCUGGUGCCUAUGAGAAAGUACCUGAAUGGGUAUUAGAAACUGAUGGUGUCAAUUUGUUGGAAGUUAUGACUGUUCCUGGUGUUGACGCCUCUAGAAUAUACACCAACUCAUUUAUCGACAUUACUGAGGUAUUAGGUAUCGAAGCUGGCCGUGCUGCCUUGUAUAAAGAAGUUUACAAUGUUAUUGCUUCUGAUGGGUCCUACGUUAACUACCGUCAUAUGGCUCUAUUGGUCGAUGUCAUGACAACAAACGGUAGUCUAACUUCAGUUACACGUCAUGGUUUCAAUAGGUCCAACACCGGUGCUCUAAUGAGAUGUUCAUUUGAAGAAACAGUGGAAAUUUUGUUUGAAGCUGGUGCUUCUGCAGAAUUAGAUGAUUGUCGUGGUGUAUCUGAAAAUGUCAUUUUGGGUCAAAUGGCUCCAAUUGGUACAGGAUCUUUCGAUGUUAUGAUAGAUGAAGAAUCUUUGGUUAAGUAUAUGCCAGAACAAAAGGUAUCCGAAUUAGCUGAUGGCCAAGCAGGUGGUGAAACUCCAUACAGCUCUGACGCAGGUCUGGUCAACACUGAAAUCGACGUUAAGGAUGAAUUAAUGUUCUCUCCAUUGGUCGAUUCUGGUUCAACAGAUGCCAUGGCCGGUGGAUUUACCGCGUAUGGUGGCGGUGACUAUGGUAGUGCAACAUCACCUUUCACAGCUUAUGGAGAAACUCCUGCAUCUCCUGGAUUUGGAAGUGUUUCAUCCCCCGGAUUUUCUGCUACCUCACCUGCCUAUUCGCCAACUUCACCAGCAUACUCACCAACUUCGCCAAGCUACAGCCCUACAUCCCCAAGUUAUAGCCCAACUUCUCCUUCUUACUCACCCACAUCUCCUAGCUAUUCACCAACCUCCCCAAGUUAUUCGCCAACCUCCCCAAGUUAUUCACCAACCUCUCCAAGUUAUUCACCUACUUCUCCAUCCUACUCUCCUACUUCUCCAUCCUACUCUCCAACAUCUCCAAGCUAUAGUCCUACCUCACCAAGCUAUAGUCCUACCUCACCAAGCUAUAGUCCAACAUCACCAAGUUACAGCCCUACAUCACCAAGUUAUUCGCCAACUUCACCCAGUUACUCUCCAACAUCUCCAAGCUACUCUCCAACUUCCCCCAGCUAUAGCCCAACAUCCCCAAGCUACUCUCCAACUUCCCCUAGCUAUAGCCCAACCUCUCCAAACUAUAGUCCCAGAUCUCCUUCAUAUUCUCCUUCAUCUAAUAGUCGUAAUAAUGAUGAUGAUGACGAUGACGAUCAAACAGAUAAAAAUAAUUAA